AUGCAAAAGUCGGCCAUGAAGGCCGAUGUUGAUGCUGCCGCCCAAAAGGUAGAACCAUCAACGGCCUCGAAGCCCGUUUCUAUCCAAGACGGCCUUGUCGAGAAACCAGGAGAGCCCACCAGCCGCGAAGACGAGGAGUGGACAGAUCCAUGCUUGAAAAAUUAUGCGGCACCGCUUGUGGCAAAGGUGGUCUCGCUUCACAACGACCCAACUGAGCCCAUUUUGACCUUUCGCUUCUGGGUCCUGGCCGGCUUCUGGGUCAGCGUAGGCUGCAUCAUCUCGACAUUUUAUUACUUCAAGCCGUACAGCACCACCCUAUCGACUGUCACAGUGCAGCUCCUCUCGUGGUGGACCGGUAUGCUGAUGGCAAAAUGGUUGCCCACGACAAAAUACAAGACACUUGGCUACGAAUGGAGCUUAAAUCCAGGACCGUGGAACGCUAAGGAGCAUGCUCUCAUUGUUGUGGCUGUCUGGGGUAGUCAGCACACGGCGUACGGUCUCGGUCCGCUGACUGCCCUUGAACUCUACUAUGGCCAAAGGAUCGGUGCUGGGUGGUCCAUCAUGUUCCUGAUAUCGUCGCAACUGGUUGGAUACGGCUUUGUCGGGCUUUUCCGAGACAUCGUCGUCCGCCCACCAAAGAUGUUCUACCCUGUCGUCCUUCCCAAUGUGGCGUUGCUAAAUGCAAUGCACAACGACCCUGCGUCAACUGCCAGAUCUCUGCGCUACUUCGCCAUAGUCGCCAGUGCUGUAUUUUGCUAUCAAUGGUUCCCAUCUCUGAUAUGGCCAAUGCUAGGGUCCCUACCACUGCUUUGCUACAUGGGUCAUGGAAACUGGAUCGCCUACAUUCUCGGCUCUGGCAAUAACGGCUUCGGCAUGCUAGACUUCUCACUCGAUUGGAACUACAUCAAUUUCUUUUCACCUCUCUAUACACCGCUAUGGUCCACGGCAACUCAGGUUGCUGGUGCGGUAUUUUGCUGCUGGUUCCUGUUCCCCAUACUCUAUUUUUCCAACACACUUGACAGCAAAAACUUUCCCGCCAUGUCGUCAUCGACUUUUGACUCCACUGGAACCAAGUACAACGUCUCCCGCGUUUUGACCGCUUCUGGACAUGGAAACUAUACUGCUAUGGCUGAAUAUUCCGAGCCUUACUGGUCAACAUCAUAUGCAAUGACGUUCUUCUGGGGCUUUGCGUCGUCAGCGGGUGCGAUCGCAUUUGCCGUUUUAUGGUACGGAAAAGACGGCUGGGAGGCUGUCCGAGACACUCUACGUCAUGGUCGGACCUCGAACGAGGAUGACCCGUACCUAAAGCUUAUGGCAAACCACCCCCGGGUUCCCCAUUGGUGGUAUCUGGUCAUCCUCGUCAUCGCUGGUGGCCUUUCCAUCGGCUCACUCUAUGGCGGGCAUUGGGGACUUCCAUGGUGGGGCUUUAUCGUGAUUACAAUUGUGUCCCUGUUGUUUACCUUCCCGAGUGGAAUUUUGUUCGGAAUUGCGAACAUUCAAGUUGGAAUGGCUUACUUUAGCGAACUUAUUGCUGGUGCGCUCUUCCACGGCAAUCCCAAGGCUGUCUUGGCGACAUUGGUGUUUGGCCGCCAGGUCCUAGAUCAAACACUUAACCUUUGCUCUGAUUACAAGUUUGGGUUUUACAUGAAGAUUCCAGAAAAAGAGCUGUUUAUAGCUCAGGUUUACGGAACUCUGCUGGGACCCUUUAUAAAUUACGGGAUUGCCCGAGCCAUUAUCAACGACAUUGGUGUCGAGACAUUGACUGGAGUCAAGUCUAGCUCGUCUUGGUUGGCUCUGAAGAGCCGGAAUUUUUACUCCACGUCCGUCAUUUGGGGCGUCCUUGGACCAAAGGCGUUUUUCAGCAAGGGGUCGAACUACCACUACAUUUACUAUGCCUUCCUUGUGGGACCGGCUGCCGUUUUGUUCGCGUACAUGAUCCACAGGCAAAAACCGCACUGGAACAUUGAGCAGUACUUCAACCCUGUGGUCUUCAUGUUUGGAGGGACCUAUUUCCCUAUUUAUGGAACGACUAAUCUCAUGACUUCUGCUAUCGUAGCCUUUGUUUUCAUGGGAUACAUAUACCGGUACCAUCCCGUUUGGUUUCGCAAGUACAACUAUUUGACCGGUGUGGGAUUGGAUUGUGGUUCACAGAUCAUGCAAACCAUCAUGGUUUUCACCAUUAGUCUCACAAACACGGAUUUCCCUACUUGGUGGGGCAACAGUGAUAUCACUGACCGAUGCUACCCACCAUCCACAUUGCCCCCGGCCAUGCAGUAG